AUGUCAUCACGGUCCUUGUACGAUCAUCAUUCUUACAAUCAUCAACAACAACUACAUGAAAACAACCACUGGCAACUCCUUCUCGAGUCGUCACUCGAUGAACAAAAUGAUCAUUUGAAACGACAAGAAGAAGAACAUAAUUUCGAGAAAAUAACUUUUCAACAUGAACUGAAUUUCAUUUUACAAACUAGUUUCUGUUGUAUUCAAGUCGAACGUGAUGAAUUGAAAUGUCGAGAAAGUAUUGCCUUACAAAUGUCAAAUCAUCCAGCACAACAUUCAAGAGAUUAUGAUAAGGUCAAACAAACUUUUGAAUCCGUUCCUUCUGAAUGGCUUUGUGAACAUUUCAUGACAUUCAAUCAAGAGAACAAUAGUCCACAACUAGAUGUGACUAAAACAACAACUUUUCAAAACUGUCACUUUUCAACGUGCAUCAUUUAUAACAACCAAGAUACCACCCUUCGACCCAACCCUCAUUCUCUUCUCCAUUGGUUUGAAAGUAACAAAUCCAAGACCUUCAAACAUUAA